AUGAGGCGACUGACGGGACUAGGGAAUAAUAUUAUUUAUGGAAGGAGCUACUCUACAUCAUCCAAAUUCAGACCUCAUUAUGGCAUGUGGAUUAAUGGACAAAUUCACAACGAUCAAGACACAUCAAAUAGAAUCAAAGUUGAAUCACCACAUAACGAACAACUCCUCACCACAAUCCAACAAGGCCUCCCCAAACACGUCGAUCUCGCUGCCAAAGCCGCCCAAAACGCAUUCAAAUCAUGGUCAAAAAUCGAAUCACGGGAUAGAGCCAUCCUGCUACGCAAUCUAGCCUCGAAGCUCCAAUCCCGGAUCCCAGAACUAGCUGAACUCGAAGCCUUACAAACGGGACGACCAUUCAGAGAACUACGAACCCAGCUAUCUCGACUCCCUGAAUGGCUAGACUAUUUCGCGUCACUAGCAACAGUCCAUGAAGGACGCGUCGUGCCAAUGCGAGGCAACAACAUGCUGAACUACACGAGGAGGCUGCCGCUAGGUGUAGUAGGUCUCAUAACACCAUUCAAUCACCCAUUGCUGAUUGCGGUCAAGAAACUCUCGCCUGCACUCGCAGCGGGCAACACUAUAGUCAUCAAACCGUCUGAGCUGGCACCUGUAUCCGUAUUGCUGUUUGCGGAAAUGGCGAAAGAGGCUGGUAUUCCUAAUGGUGUAAUCAAUGUAGUUACAGGUGGUAAAGAGGUGGCCAUGGCUAUGGCAUCGCAUCCGGCGAUACGGAAGAUUGAUUUGACUGGUGGGACUAUUGCUGGACGGGCAAUUGGGGAAUUGGCUGGACGGAACUUGGCGAUGCUUACACUUGAGCUUGGAGGCAAAGCACCGAUGAUUGUGUUUGAUGAUGUGGCGAUAGACGAUGUAGUUAGAGGAGCAGUGUUUGCUUCGAUGAUUGCGUCGGGUCAGACUUGUAUUAUGGCUGCAAGGAUACUUGUCCACGAACGAAUCUAUGAAGAAUUUAAAACCCAACUAGUCGCAAAAGUCCAAUCUCUCAAAGUUGGCCCACCACUGGACCCCUCUACUGACAUUGGUCCCGUCAUAUCCCGCCAAUCGUUAUACAAAAUCCAAAGUAUCUUAUCCUCAAGUAUCGAAAACGGAGCGAUACUAGAAUGUGGUGGAAAUCAACUGUUCGACAAGGGCUAUUACAUACAACCAACCGUCUUGUCAUUACCACCACCGCUAACUGCUGACAUCCUAUCAAAUCCAUGCUGGAGGGAAGAAUUGUUUGGGCCGUGUAUCGUGCUUGUGCCAUUCAAGGACGAGGCACAUGCUAUAGAGCUGGCGAAUGAUACAGAGUAUGGUCUAGCCGCGUCGGUAUGGUCGAGAGAUGUCGGACGGGUACAUAGAGUGGCGGAGCAGCUUGAUUCUGGGAUUGUUUGGGUUAAUGACCAUCACAAGAACGACCCGUCGUCCCCAUUUGGAGGGUUUAAGAAUAGUGGGUAUGGACGAGAGAAUGGUGAAGAGGCAUUCAACUCGUAUACACAGAUCAAAUCUGUGGUUGUGAAUACCAACCCGUCAAAUACAUAUCCAGACUGGUUUGAUCCUUCUCGCAGCAGUGUCCGCUAUGGUUGA